AAGCCAGCGACACUGAUGCCAGGGUCAAACCGUCGUUGGGAGCACUCAAGAUGAGUUGCGUUGUAGAGCAGGCGGCAGACAUCCUGUCAGUGACAGACCUGGUCCGGGAGAGAUGGAGGGUGGUGAGUGACUUAAAUACUACCGGCUGCAGAAAGGGCACAGCUAGCUUCGGUCAAAUCUGUCUUGUUGCUGCGCCCAUUCUCAUAGCCAGACUGCAGCAGAGAUAUUUUCAAGGAAGCUUUCUCUAAUGUGUUCAUUAAUUCAACAUUUCUUUAGAAUAUCAUGUUCAACUUUGGAUAUGGACUACCGGUAUGAAAUGUUGUGUGUGUGUGUGUGUACCUUUUUUAUUUCUGUAGGUACAGUACGGGACUUUUCACACAGGACACUCACAUUUUCACUCUCUCUCUCUCCUCCCUCCACCUCUCUCGUUUCUUUCUUUACUACCUGAAUUCUACGUUCUCCUCCAUUCCAUUUGCAGGUGAAGAAGAUUGGCGGGGGAGGCUUCGGGGAGAUCUACGAGGUACUGGAUCAACUGAGCCUGGUCAACGUGGCACUGAAGGUGGAAUCUGCACGGCAGCCCAAACAGGUGCUGAAGAUGGAGGUGGCUGUGCUGAAGAAGCUCCAGGGUGAGAGACAAGGGCCCUGUUGGAAUACAGUAGGACCUCAGAGAUACAAAUAAGUCUAAAAUGGACGUAGUUCGUAAAACACUGAAAUGUCCAUAACUUGGAAUUUCAUUCAAAAACCCGCAUCAAACCUUUAUGGAAAAUAUUGAUUGCAUAUUUACAUUAAUCAUUUAGGCAGAUACUGUACAUAUCUGGUGUGUUUUAGGGCAUGUAAGCAACAUUUAUGUUUCUCUGUUUCAGGUAAAGAUCACGUGUGUCGCUUUGUGGGCUGUGGUCGUAAUGACCGCUUCAACUAUGUGGUGAUGGAGCUUCAGGUAGGGUGUGUGUGCGUACCUGCCCUUUGAAAUAUUUGAAUCCUUUUGAUUGUAAUGUGAUUCGUGGAUUCAAAUAAAGUAUUUGAAAUGUUCAAAUAAAGUAUUUGAAAUGUGUGUGUAAAAGCAUGAUUGAGUAGCUCAGCCUUGGGUGACCAUGACAAUGUCCCAUACCCCACACCACAAACAUUACCUUACUGUAUCCUAUAGGGGAGGAAUCUGGCAGACCUGCGCAGAACUAUGUCUCGCGGCACCUUCACCGUCUCCACCACUCUGAGGCUGGGCCGGCAGAUGUUGGAGGCCAUCGAGAGCAUCCACUCUGUGGGCUUCCUGCACCGGGACAUCAAACCGGUAAGAGGUCAUGGGAUCAUGGCGAGGGAACAAUGUGGGGGUGAUGCAUCAGGAGUGAGGGAACAAAAUGAGAGCAUAAAGGAGUUCCUGGUAACGCCUGAACUUAAAGCGUUAAUGCAGGUAUAUCGCAUUAUUAUGCAGUUAAAAUGUAUUGAACGCCUUGUCAUAAGCGUGUAUGACCCCCCCUUAUAAUGUCUAAUGGUCAUCUCAUAAUGAUCCUGACUAAAUCCCAGCCAUUUUUAUUUAGUAGGAACAUUUAAUAAUACAUAAUAAUAAUACAUAAUACUUAUUGUAAGCCUUAUUAUAAAACAACAAGUUAUAAAGCAUUAUACCAGGCUCUGUAGUAAAGUGUUACCGGGUUUACCUGGAGAUGAUUGGUAAGGACGAGACGGAGUAGCACUGACCGAUGUUACCUGUGUUUUUUUACUGCUCCAGUCAAACUUUGCCAUGGGGCGCCUGGCCAGCACGUGCCGCUGCUGCUACAUGCUUGACUUUGGUCUGGCCCGGCAGUUCACCAACUCUUGUCAGGAAGUGCGCCCUGUAAGUAUUCGUGUCACGACUCAGGAUGAGACACUGGAGGCGGACACUUUGAAUUAUUAUACAACAGGGGGGCAAACGGCAGGUCAAGGUCAGGCAGAGGUCAGUAAUCCAAGGCAGAGUCAAUCAGGGACAGAACAGCAGACAGGGUCGGGGUCAGGCUCAGGGUCGGCAGAAAACAAAACUAGGGAAAACAAGCUGGAACAACCUGACAAGACGAACUGGCAACAGACACAGAAAACGCAGGUAUAAAUACACAGGAGAUAAUGGGGACAAAUAGGAGACACCUGGUGGGGGGUUGGAGACAAGCACAAGACAGGUGAAACCGAUCAGGGUAUGACAACUCCUGCCUGUGUGUGUACGUGCGUGUAUGUAUUCGGUCUCAGCUUCAUUUGUGAAAUUCUCUGGCUACAUUCCAAUGUCCACUUAUAAUGAAGCAAUAUAUUGGGCAUGCAUUCUAAAUAGUAUGCUAGUGUAAAUAAAUAAAUAGCUUCAAUCUAAUUUCUUAUCGCUCUUUCUUUUUUUCUCCUUUCUUUCUUUCUCAGCCUCGUCCUGUGGCAGGGUUCAGGGGAACAGUGCGCUAUGCCUCAGUCAAUGCACACAAGAAUAAGGUGAGUCUCUCCCCCUCUCCUUUACUUGUGGUAAACCUUAUACUAUAUAUACAGUACCAAUAAAAAGUUUGGACACACCUACUCAUUCAAGGGUUUUUCUUUAUUUUUUACUAUUUUCUACAUUGUAGAAUAAUAGUGACGACAUCAAAACUAUGAAAUAACACAUAUGGAAUCAUGUAGUAACAAAAAAAAGUGUUAAACAAAUCCAAAUAUAUUUGAGAUUCUUCAAAUAGCCACCCUUUGCCUGUGGAUGUAUUUCAAGGCUUACCUUCACUCAGUGCCUCUUUGCUUGACAUCAUGGGGAAAAUCAAAAGAAAUCAGCCAAGACCUCAGAAAAAAGAUUGUAGACCUCCACAAGUCUGGUUCAUCCUUGGGAGCAAUUUCCAAACGCCUGAAGGUACCACGUUCAUCUGUACAAAGAAUAGUACGCAAGUAUAAACACCAUGGGACCACGCAGCCAUCAUACCGCUCAGGAAGGAGACGCGUUCUGUCUCCUAGAGAUGAACAUACUUUGGUGCGAAAAGUGCAAAUCAAUCCCAGAACAACAGCAAAGGACCUUGUGAAGAUGCUGGAGGAAACAGGUACAAAAGUAUCUAUAGGACAUAACCUGAAAGGCCGCUCAGCAAGGAAGAUGCCACUGCUCCAAAACCACCAUAAAAAAGCCAGACUACUGUUUGCCACUGCACAUGCGGACAAAUAUUGUACUUUUUGGAGAAAUGUCCUGUUGUCUGAUGAAACAAAAAUAAAUCUGUUUGGCCAUAAUGACCAUCGUUAUGUUUAGAGGAAAAAUGGGGACGCUUGCAAGCCGAAGAACACCAUCCCAACCGUGAAGCACGGGGGUGGCAGCAUCAUGCUGUGGGGGUGCUUUGCUGCAGGAGGGACUGGUGCACUUCACAAAAUAGAUGGCAUCAUGAGGAAAUAAAAUUAUGUGGAUAUAUUGAAGCAACAUCUCAAGACAUCAGUCAGGAAGUUAAAGCUUGUUCGCAAAUGGGUCUUCCAAAUGGACAAUGACCCCAAGCAUUCUUCCAAAGUUGUGGCAAAAUGGCUUAAGGACAACAAAGUCAAGGUAUUGGAGUGGCCAUCACAAAGCCCUGACCUCAAUCCUAUAGAACAUUUGUGGGCAGAACUGAAAAAGCGGGUGUGAACAAGGAGGCCUACAAACCUGACUCAGCUACACCAGCUCUGUCAGGAGGAAUGGGCCAAAAUUCACCCAACUUAUUGUGGGAAAGCUUGUGGAAGGCUACCCGACAUGUUUGACCGAAGUUAAACAAUUUAAAGCCAAUUCUACCAAAUACUAAUUGAGUGUAUGUAAAUUCUGACCCACUGGGGAUGUGAUUAAAUAAAUAAAAGCUGAAAUAAAUCAUUCUCUCUACUAUUAUUCUGACAUUUCACAUUCUUAAAAUAAAGUGGUGAUCCUAACUGACCUAAGACAGGGAAUUUUUACUAGGAUUACAUUUCAGGAAUUGUGAAAAACUUGAGUUUAAAUGUAUUUGGCUAAGGUGUACAGUCGUGGUCAAAAGUUUUGAGAAUGACACAAGUAUUUGUCUUCACAAAGUUCGCUGCUUCAGUGUUAUGAGAGAUUUUUGUCAGAUGUUACUAUGGUAUACUGAAGUAUAAUUACAAGCAUUCCAUAAGUGUCAAAGGCUUUUAUUGACAAUUACAUAAAGUUUAUGCAAAGAGUCAAUAUUUGCAGUGUUGACCCUUCUUUUUCAAGACCUCUGCAUUCCGCCCUGGCAUGCUGUCAAUUAACUUCUGGGCCACAUCCUGACUAAUGGCAGCCCAUUCUUGCAUAAUCAAUGCUUGGAGUUUGUCAGAAUUUGAGGGGUUUUGUUUGUCCACCCGCCUCUUGAGGAUCGACCACAAGUUCUCAAUUGGAAAAAUGUUUUGUUCCCCGAGCCACAGUUAUCACUUUUGCCUUAUGGCAAAGUGCUCCAUCAUGCUGGAAAAGGCAUUGGUCGUCACCAAACUGUUCUUGGAUGGUUGGGAGAAGUUGCUCUCGGAGGAUGUGUUGGUAACAUUCUUUAUUCAUGGCUGUAUUUUUAGGCAAAAUUGUGAGUGAGCCCACUCCCUUGGCUGAGAAGCAACCCCACACAUGAAUGGUCUCAGGAUGCUUUACUGUUGGCAUGACACAGGACUGAUGGUAGCGCUCACCUUUUCUUCUCCGGACAAGGUGUUUUCCGGAUGCCCCAAAACAAUCGGAAAGGGGAUUCAUCAGAGAAAAUGACUUUACCCCAGUCCUCAGCAGUCCAAUCCCUGUACCUUUUGCAGAAUAUCAGUCUGUCCCUGAUGUUUUUCCUGGAGAGAAGUGGCUUCUUUCCUGCCCUUCUUGACACCAGGCCAUCCUCCAAAGGUCUUCGCCUCACUGUGCGUGCAGAUGCACUCACACCUGCCUGCUGCCAUUCCUGAGCAAGCUCUGCACUGGUGGUGCCCCGAUCCCGCAGCUGAAUCAACUUUAGGAGAUGGUCCUGGCGCUUGCUGGACUUUCUUGGGCGCCCUGAUGCCUUCUUCACAACAAUUGAACCUCUCUCCUUGAAGUUCUUGAUGAUCCGGUAAAUGGUUUAUUUAGGUGCAAUCUUACUAGCAGCAAUAUCCUUGCCUGUGAAGCCCUUUUUGUGCAAAGCAAUGAUGACGGCACGUGUUUCCUUGCAGGUAACCAUGGUUAACAGAGGAAGAACAAUGAUUUCAAGCCCCACCCUCCUUUUAAAGCUUCCAGUCUGUUAUUCUAACUCAAUCAGCAUGACAGAGUGAUCUCCAGCCUUGUCCUCGUCAACACUCUCACUUGUGUUAACGAGAGAAUCACUGACAUGAUGUCAGCUGGUCCUUUUGUGGCAGGGCUGAAAUGCAGUGGAAAUGUUUUUUGGGGAUUAAGUUCAUUUUCAUGGCAAAGAGGGACUUUGCAAUUAAUUGCAAUUCAUCUGAUCACUCUUCAUGACAUUCUGGAGUAUAUGCAAAUUGCCAUCAUCAAAACUGAGGCAGCAGACUUUGUGAAAAUUAGUAUUUGUGUCAUUCUCAAAACUUUUGACCACGACUGUGUGUAAACUUCCGACUUCAACUGUAUGUAUGUAUGUAUGUAUGUAUGUAUGUAUGUAUGUAUAGCUGUAUGACUACAUGUUCUCACCUUGCUCACCCAUGAUGUGCGUGUCUGGGGUCUGCAGGAGAUGGGUCGCCAUGACGACCUCUGGUCUCUCUUCUACAUGCUGGUAGAGUUCAUGGUGGGCCAGCUACCAUGGAGGAAGGUCAAAGACAAAGUAAGUGUGUGUGUGUUCGUGCAUGUGUGUAUGUGUGUGUGUACGUGCGUGUGUGUUCAUGCUCUUUUCCCUCUACUCACAGGAACAGGUGGGGAACCUAAAGGAGGCCUACGACCAUCACCUCAUGCUCAAACAUCUCCCCUCAGAGUUCAGCGUCUUCCUGGAUCAUAUUCUGACCCUGGACUACUACACUAAGCCUGACUAUCAGGUAUAUAGCUUUCCAUAUGUGCUCGUUACCUCAUAAAUAUCCAGUAAAUAUCCAGUCUUCCUCAAACUAGAAUUUGAAUUUUAGUUUGCUUCCUGAUUUGACUGAUUUUGAAUGGAAUUGAACCCAACCCCUGUGCCCAUGUGUCUCUGUCUGCCAACAAUAGAAAUUCUUCCCAUUGUCUCGUAAUGCUAAAUGUCAAUGUUUUGGGUUCUGUUCCAGCUACUAAUAUCAGUGUUUGAGAAUGCCAUGAAGAGCCACAGUGUGUUGGAGAACGACCUGUAUGACUGGGAGAGGUGUGACUCGGAGGAUAUGCUUACCAUCACCGCCUCCGCCACCACAGCUCAGCAAUUCACCCGACUCACACCAGCUUACAUGGGGUAAGAACUGCAAUAAUGGUGGACUUAUUGUUUUUAAAAAGUAGGGGAGAGGUAGAACGGUGUGGUAUCAGAAGUUGGGUAACUUUCCCAGAAUUCCUGUUUAUUGCAUCCCCAUUCCAGGAAUCUUUCAACCUGGAUUUCUGGAAAACCUGGACAUUUUGGGAAAGUUCCCGAAAUUUUGCAACUCAAAUCCAAAGUACCGUAUUUUCCGCACUAUAAGGCGCACCGGAGUAUAAGCCGCAGCAGCUAAAUUGAAUGAUAUUGAAUGAUGUGUACAUAUAUAAGCCGCACUGGACUAUAAGCCGCAGGUGUUUUAAUGUUUAAUUACCAUAUGUAAGGGUUUGUGCACAGAGGGGAUUGUCGGGAAAGAGAUGGCUGCUUGAGGAAGCUCCCAUUUAUUAACAUUUCAACAAACAAGUUGCAUAUUUGCAUAACGUAUUCCAGCAAAAUUAGUUAAUAGCGUCACAAUCAUUUAACCACUUAACUUUGGUUAUUUUUGAAAAACCUUGAAAAAGUGUGCUCAUCUUUGAAUAUUUAUCUACAUUAUAGCCUACAGUAGUACCAUAACAAAAAACUAAGCUUACAGCGCUUGACGAGGCAAUAUCAAUGGCUAAAUUAAAUUUGUUUUUUUUAAAGUGCAAAAUAAAGUGCCUGUAACACGACAGUAAGCGCGUAAACCUAAAGUUGCAGCAACACGGCUGCUUAAAAUAUACGGUAAUCAGCCUACCAGAAAAGUCAUUAAUCCUCGUCUUCAUCUUUUAGGCUAAGGUGCAGUACACGGCUGUAACCAGAAAAGUCAAGUCAUUAAUCCUCAUCUCCGUCUUCUUCCUGCGUACUAAAACCACCAAAGUCCUCAUCUUCAGUGUCGGAAACGAACAGGCUCAGGGUGGCUUCGUCAGCCACUCUCCUCUCUCCUUCGUUGACGCUCUCAAAACCAACGAACUCCUCUUCGUCACUGUCGGAAUCGAACAGACUCUGAAGGGCCUCAGCUGUGGCGGCGUCCUCCUCUUCAUCACGCAGCAGUCCAGCCUUUCGGAACCCGUUAAUGAUCGUGGAUGUUUUGACACUCCUCCACGCUAUCAGGAUCCACUCGCAAACUUGAGCGAAAGUUGCUUUUCGCAUGCGACCAGUUUUGGUGAAUGAUUUAUCGCCGCUAGUCAUCCACGCCUCCCACUGAAAGCGUAGUGCCACUUUGAACGCACGAUUGACACUGAUGUCGAGUGGCUGCAGAUGCUUCGUUGUGCCCCCAGGAAUCACAGCUGGAAUCGAGUUUGUGCUCUUGAUGGCUGCUUUCACAUAAUCCGUUAUAUGGGCCCUCAUGCUGUCCAAAACGAGCAAAGCUUUUUUUUGGCGAAAGAAUCCUCCAGGGCGCUUGACGUAGCACUCAUUCAGCCACUCAUUCAUUACGCUUUCCAUCAUCCACCCUUUCUUGUUGACUUUAAAGGAGAUGCCGUUCAGGAUCUUUUCUUUUGGCAUUGUAAUCCGCUUAAAAAUCACCAUUGGCGGAAGCUUUAAUCCAGAUGCUGUGCAGCCAAGAACACAAGUGAAAUUCGUUCUCUCGUGGCCAGUGGUUCUCAACGUGAUGGACGAUUCACCUUUCUUGUUAACAGUCCUAGUGAGAGGCAGGUCAAACGUCAAAGGCACUUCAUCCAUAUUUAUGAUCUGGUCCGGUCCGAUGGAAUAUUCCUCUAUCAUUCUUUGUGUGAAUUCGCCGAAGUUUGUUAUUUUUUCCUGGUAGUCGGGAGGGAGUUGCUGACACACAGUCGUCCGCGCCCUGAUGGAGAGUCCCUUUCGUCUCAUAAAUCUGAAACACCAGGAUGGUCCACCUCUAAAAUUUUCAAUUUUCAUUUCGGUGGCGACUGUUUCAGCUUUCAGUCGGAUCUGCACGGUGGAAACACCUCGGCCGUCUGCUCUCUGUGUGUUCACCCAAUCUUCAAGAAAGUCUUCAAGUUCGGGCCAUCUGCUUUUAUUACCUCUGAAAGCUUUUUUUGACUUUUUGCAUUGAGACAGUUCUUCCCGCUGGCGUCUCCAACGUCUCACCAUUGACUCAUUGAUGCCAAGGCUACGUGCAGCAGCUCUAUUUCCUUCUUUUACAGCCAGAUUGACUGCCUUUAACUUAAAAGCUGCAUCAUAUGCAUUUCUACGUUUGUUUUCCAUAAUGAGGGUUUGUGCAUGAAAACUUCCUUUGCACAAACUGUCUCGCUCUCGUAAUGUCUGUCUGUCUUGCUCUCGUUCUGUCUCUCGUACCACUCUCGGUUCCACUUUUACUUUUGCGCGCUACCUGUCUCACUCUUUUCCGGCCUCCAGCUUUUCCUGCUGGAGCCCGCCGCUUAAAGGUGGGGGGCGCGGACCGGUCAUAGAGCACAUAGAGUUAAAGUUGGUGGACUGUAACCUGUAAAAUCCAUAGAUUUAGGAGGUCUUCUAGUGGCCGUUAGCUGUAAAAAUCCAUAGAUUAGCCGCACCGUUAUAUAAGCCGCAGGGGUCGAAAAAUGGGAAAAAAGGCGCGGCAUAUAGUCCGAAAAUUACGGUAGUAACUGUUCUAUUCUAAAAUGCAGAAAUGUACUUUGUCUGGCUUCGUGUUGAUUGGUGUGAUGCAGAAUAUUUGUGUGAAUGCUUGUAAUUGAUGCCUCAUUGGUCAGCAUUUGCUGAUUGGACUGUAAUAUCUUCCUUCAAGUCGACGGCGUCCAACUUUUGUCCCACUCAUGCAAGUCAACCCAUGGGUUGUUUUUAUAUUCCAAGCUUUUUGGGGGGAAGGGGAAACCUGCAUAGUCAGUCAGCGAUCCCUUGGAAACCACCGGCCUAAUUUGUACUCAGGAAAGUAGCAGCUAAAUGACCUUUCUUUCUCUUUCUCUAUCUCUCCCUCCCUUUCUCACUCCCUCCCUGCCUCCCUCUCUCCCUCCCUUUCUCACUCCCUCCCUGCCUCCCUCUCUCUCUCCUGUCUCUUACUCUUCUCACCUUUCUCACUCCCUCCCUGCCUCCCUCUCUCUCUUGUCUUUCUCUAUCUCUCCCUCCCUCUCUCUCUCCUCCCUCCCUCUCUCUCUCCUGCCUCCCUUUCUCUCUUAUCUAUCUCCCUCUCUCCUCUCGUCCUUCUCUCUCUCCCCCCAGCAUGGCCAACGCCUCGGUGCUCCCCGGCGAGCUGCAGAGGGAGAACACUGAGGACGUACUGCAGGGCGAGCGCCUCAGCGACGCCGACAACUGCCCCCCCAUCCCGGCCCAGCACCAACGCGCUGCCCAGGGUGCCGACGUGUGGGAGGAGUUGGACCGCAACCGCAAACACGCCGCAGCCCAGCAACAUCAAAAACAGCUCAUCAGGAAGGUCCGGAUUGGAACACAUACAUAUUUCAUUUUUUUGUGAUUUCUUAAAAUGUAUUGACCAUAAAAAUAAAUACUGGGAUGGAGACAGAGGAACACACUGUCAUGCUAUGAAAGAAACACCCCUGUUAGUUUCCCUUUUACUGCUGCAGUUCAGCUAACCUUGUCUACGUCACCAGGAGCAUUUUCUAUGUUUCUAUACUGUUCUUAGUCCAGCUGCAACUGCAGGGAUGGAUAUUAACAAUGUACACAACACUACUGAGACCCAAUUAUGUUAUGGACUUCAUUGCAUUACUUAAACUUGGGACCCAGCGAUAUGACCUGACCAUAGACAGCAACAGCAAUCAAAUGUAUUACUAAGGGAGAAGCAAGAGGCUGAACAAGUUUAGCCUCUUACCUCAUCCUCUCUUUGUGUGUGUAAGAAGUCACCUGGCUUUGUUAACGUCAUUGUGGAAUCUACCUUUAAAAUAGUAUUUCCUACUCCCAACACCUUUUUUGUGACACAGCUAAAUUCCAACCCCUUCUCCAGGUGGUGAGUGAGGACGAGCACAGCCAGAACCAGGGGGGUAACCAGAGCCCCAACACAGGCUCCGUCCAGAGCUCCCCCAGACGGGUGCGCUCAGAGACCAUGUUCCUGGACCGGGCAGCCCCCCUGCUCCGGAGGAUGAGACACAGCCAGAGCCUGGCCUUUGAGAAGAGACUGGCCCCCGAACCCAAGCCCACCAUCGAACGCUUCCUUGAGGCCUAGUCAGUUCCUUUUACCAUUCUGCUACAGUAGUUUAAUAGUUUAUAUUGUGCUACAGUAUGCACUAGGACAGUGGUUCUCAAACCUCCUCUCGGGGACCGUUAGACAUUUCACAGUUUGGUUUUAACCCUGAACUACCACACCUGAUUCACCAGUCAAGGGCAUGAUGAUGUAAAAUCAGUGUUCUAGCUCUGGAAGAGAUCAACUUCAUGGAACUGUUGAGGGUCCCUGAGGACAGAUUAGAGAACCACUGCACUAGGACGAGGCAGGCACAAGGCAGAGUGAUAUGUUUUAACAAAUUAAGAGUUGUUAGACUUUUGUUUCACCCAAGCUCUUAUUUUGUUGGACUGUUCAUUGGCAAGUUAGGCAGAUUUUAUGUUGCUAUUUUCUAUCUCAUUUCCAUUAGUCAACUUUAAAGAUGAAUUGAACGAUUACUCAAAUGCCAAUUCCCAAAUGCCUAUAUUUCCAGUCUGGGGAAGCAGCGUCCACAGGAGCGAGAGAAGACCAUCCCCGAGAGCGGUGGGGGGCAGGGGGAGCAGGUUGGCACCCCCUGUGACGAGGACCAGGCGACAGGGACUCCCGGCGGAGUGGGGACCCCUGACCAGGACCAGGAGGAUGGGGCUGGGGCCAGCAGUGGAGGCUUUGUGGCCCUCAACCUUAGCCCCGUGCCCCAGGAGGGAGACUCCCAGGAGUGGGUGAUGCUGGAGCUGGAGCAGGGCGGAGGCAGCGGGGCCUCUGGGGCAGCCAAGCCUCCAGGAGAUGACGCUCUGGAUGGGGAUAAACCAGGGGCCCAAGCAGAGGCCGAGGCCCAGGACCAACAGCCUCCCUCAGCCCCGAUCAGUCCCGUCCAGUCCCACAUGGCCCUGCCCUGUACCUGGUUACUGGGCGGCAAGAGGCUGCCUGGGAUGCUAGGCCACAUGGGCCGAGCUCAGAUGGAGCAGGUGAGUGAGAGUUUGGCGGAAGAACUGCUCACACAUAUACUCCAUGCAUACAUACAGUUCUAUUACUUUUUCAAAAUGUCUUGGUGCAGCAUUUCUUAAAUAUGACCCUGACGGUGCAUUUACAUCCACUUUGAAGGAAAUGUUGUUUACUUCAGCAGGUAAUUUUUUGAAUGCUAAGAACUGUACACACCCACACACACACAAAAACAGAGAAAUCUGUACUUCUCUCUACUUGUGCCUCCUCACUCCAUCUCCCAAUAACCUCUGUCUCUAUUUACAGUCCCCCAACCCCGUGCCACAGUCCCCCGUGACAGAGAAGAGUGAAGCCAUACCACUAGAGGCCCCGUUCACCAGACCCACCGACCUCCAAGAGGGCAAGGUUGGCGAGAUGGUCCAGUCAGCCCCCAGCCCUGUGCCAAGCCUCAUCCCAGCCCACCUCGCAAACGAUAAAGACCCAGAGAGCGACUCUGGUCUCCCCGACCGUUCCUCUGAACCCAACCAGCGCCCCCAGGUGGAGAAAGCUAGAGGCGCCGCGGAGAGUGCCGGCACUGUCUCCUCCUCACCCCCACCGGUCCUCCUACGAAGGGACUCCCCCUCCUCGUCCAGACUGAGCCGCAUCCCCGUACGAGACCCAACCACUGCCCCGGAUUCCCCCACUCCCUUCACCAUGGACCACCGUCACCGCUGGAGCAGCCCUGUGCCCGGCUCGCCCUCCCACUCGCCCUCGCCAUCCCUCUCCUGCGACAACCUGCUGCCCUGUGGCGUCCGGGAGCGGCUCCUGUCCUGCUCAGACCGCGGCUCACGCUCCGACUGGCUUGGGGAGGACCGCGACUCCCUCUCGCUCUCCUCCUCAGGCAGCAGGAGUAAGAUCCCGCGUCCCGUCAACCCCCCUCCUCUGGGGCCCGAGCAGCAGCAGCAGCAGCUCUCCUCCUCCGGCAGGUUCCUGCCUCGCCCGCCUCCCGGGAAACCGCCCACACGCCUGGCUGUAGACAACAGGUAUGAAAAACAUGGCGUGAUGGCACAGCAUUGGGCCACAUUCAGUAGGGCAAGCAUUAUGGCACGUUGCAUAUAGAAAUGUGAUGAAUACCGCUGGUGUAAUUUCUCAUUGGACAGUCUCUAUUCUUCAGUCUGUCUGCUCUACAUUAUAUAGCCGUGUCUGAAUGUUCCACAACGUUGUGCCCUGCCGAACGCAACCCAGGUAGGCUGUAAUAGUAAGGGUUGCAGUUUAAAAAAACCUUACCUUACCCCUUCUGUUCUCUGCCCCAGUAGGCACCGGCGGUUCCGGGUGCGCGCCAGCAGCACCAGCGAUGCUGACUUCCUGGCCAGCCUGACCCAGCUGAUGAAGGACCGCGGCGGCGCACUCUUCAGUCCCCCGCCACGCCCCCGCAGCUCCUCCUCCUUGCUGCAGCGCUCACUCAGCUCCUCCCCCUCCCGUCACGAGCUCCGCGAGGGGUGCGGGGUCUUCCUGGGGCGCAGCUGCUCUCCGUCCAGCUUCUCGGGGUCCCCUCCCCCUCCGCGGUACCCCCAGGACAGGCUCAGCGGGCAGCAGGGAAUACCGUGGGGUGCAGGGCCCGGUGCCAGAGGGAGGGCCUUCAGCCACGAGGGCAAAGGCAGCGGCAAAGUGAGCCGAUAAGUGGACAGAAUGGAAAAAAGUUUUUUGUUCAGAAGCAGGAUAAAUGUUGUCCUGGAGGCAGAGCUGAGCGAUUUCCACUAGAUAGGCCAGCUGCAAAGUCAAAAUUGGCUAUAUAUUAUAACAAUUAGCUUUUUUGGGGGGUGUUGGUCUUAAUAUAUAAUGUUAGGUUUAAAAUGAUAUUUUAUGACUUUGUGGCUGUGUCAGCUAGUGACUACUCUGCAGAGCUGCCUCCAGUACAUGAGUCAUCCCAAUAAAUGGCAACCUGCUGUUCAGAAGGGCACACUGUAGUAAAAAGUUUUGCAACGGUAAACAGAAAUUAGCGUUUCUCAUUGGACACGUUCAUGAGGUACCUCUCCAUUUCACUGAGAUUCAAAACGUUUCCUCCCCACUGCACACGACCCAGGCUGCAAUGGUGACUAAGACUGUAAUAAUGUAUGUACAGAGAAUAUACUGUAUCUGGUCUUUGAUAGCAUGUGUAAAUAUAUAUUAUCUACUACUGUACUCCAGGGAAUGUAAAAUGUAUGAUAGAAUGUAUCUAUUUAUUUGUUGGAUGCGUCUCGAACAAAGUACUUGACAAAUGUAGCUCGAUUCCUCAGUCGAAAAGACAAAGGUUUCCUAAAAAAAACCUGUUCUCUCCCCGACCCUAGUCCUGUGCUCUUAACACUAUUUAUGUAUGUAUGUAUGCCAUGAGACCAAAAAGAUCUGUAUUGUAUCAUAUUUGAGGAAUGGAAAGGAGGUCUCCUUGUAUGUAUGGACCAUUAGAAAAACCUAGUAUAGAGAGCACUUUAGUGCUGUUCAAUCAAAAUACAUUUUCGUCUUAUUGCACCAACACAUCAGCCUUCAUUUGUGAAGACCAGGGUAUUUAAACUUCAUUCCUCCUUUCCCUCAGAAACGAC